AGGUAUGCCUAUAAAUUCGAAACCCUAACCUUUCAAGUCUGGCUGUAUGCGCAUAGUGCCUCCUCUUCGGCUGCUGUUUGAGCUUGUGAUCUCAUUUACUCAAGGAAGCGGCGGUCGCGAGAUUAUUCUGCUUGUACUUGACGAUGGUGCGAGUAAGUGUGUUGAAUGAUGCACUCAAGAGCAUGUAUAAUGCUGAGAAGAGAGGAAAACGGCAAGUUAUGAUAAGGCCCUCGUCGAAAGUGAUUAUCAAGUUUCUUAUGGUGAUGCAGAAGCACGGAUAUAUUGGAGAGUUUGAGUAUGUAGAUGACCACAGGUCUGGUAAAAUUGUUGUUGAGCUGAACGGAAGGCUCAACAAAUGUGGUGUUAUAAGCCCACGUUUUGAUGUUGGCGUAAAGGAAAUUGAGCCUUGGACUGCCAGACUUCUUCCAUCACGACAGUUUGGGUAUAUUGUAUUGACAACAUCAGCCGGAAUCAUGGAUCAUGAGGAAGCUCGCAGGAAAAAUGUGGGUGGUAAGGUACUUGGCUUCUUUUACUAAAAGAUCGUAUGGAUUUGGUUUUGUUACUCCUUGAGGGAAAUGGAGAUGGCGACGCAGUUUGGAAUUUUUAUGUUAGUUAUUUUCACCGAAUUGACUGGCUGAGGUUAUUGUUAUUAUUUUGAAGAAAUAGUUCCCUUCAAAUUUGAAUGCUGCUGGUUUUACAUAUUGCAAAUGGUUGUUCUAAAUUACAA